AUGCAAGGUUCCUCCAAAGUGCCGUCCUGCGCUUCGUCCGCAUUUAGAUUGGAAGAUGUUGCGAUUGCAUCAAACGGAUCCACCAACGGAACCACUAACGUAACCACUCUGCAUCAAUUCCCCUCCAUUGUGCAAGUGGAGUUCUACAACUCCUGGGGUUGGGGGGCCUGGGAGCAAACCUGCGCCGCCUCUAUUCUGAACGAGCUCAACGUGCUGACUGCAGCGAGCUGCUUCUCUGGGCCGAACAGGGCUCAGUCAUCCCGCGAGACUCCGUCUUCAACCAAGUGGGCUGGGGACACAGAAAUAACCUUGGGAGUCUUGGUACCCCCUACGUUCUCCGAGCUACAUGCCCUGCACCUUGGCACUUCAUCUACACUAAUCUUCGUACUAUACACUAACACUCUGGUUACCAACUUAGCGCUGAGCAGUGCUUUCGUCACUUCAUUCUCAGUAGCGACCAACCAGACGUCCAAUGCCACGUCCAACCUUAUCACAGCGUACCCAAGCUUCGCAGCCAGGUUUAACGGGGAUGUCGGUGGACCCUGGAUUUGGGGCACCAUUACUGUUGGGGUGAUCCCCGCGAACAACCAGUUGAUGAACGGCACUGCCUUCUCUGCUACCACUGUAUCCGCUUACACCAACUGGAUCCUGAAUGCAGUUAGUCUAUGGCGCUGA